AUGAUUAAAACAAAGACAGCCGCCUUUUCGGCUAUUGUUACUUCGAUUAUUACGAUAACUUUUAUAUUUGCUCAAAUACAUCAAUUUUUUGGUUCUGUAACGAUGUUAAAAUAUAAACUUGCUGCAAAUAUGGAUGAAUUUAUGGUUAUGCAAGAUCAAAUUUGGGUGGAAUUGCAAGAAGUACGAAUUAUGCAACCAACAACGCAAAGACGUUUGGUUCGUCAUGCAUUGGAACCGAAGUGCAAUUGUGACACAUCAAAUCGCUGUCCACCAGGUCCAUCUGGUCGACCAGGCAUGGAUGGAAUGGAUGGCAUGCCUGGUCAGCCAGGUCCACCGGGUGAACUUGGUGUUCCGGGAAUUGCUGUACCAAUUGAGCCACUGAAAGAAUAUGGCUCGUGUAGAGUAUGUCCACCAGGACCAGCUGGUCAUAUGGGAUAUCCAGGACCGCCAGGUCCACCAGGAAUACCGGGAACACCUGGAAAUGAUGGUCUUCCUGGGCAUCUGGGUCAACCUGGUCAAACUGGAGCGCCAGGCGAAAAUGGAGAACCAGGGCCAGCUGGCAAAGAAGGACCACCCGGACCUCCAGGCCGAGAAGGAGUACGUGGAGUUCCAGGUCCAGCAGGAGAACCUGGUUCUCGUGGCCAAAUCGGACCUAAAGGUUUUAUGGGCCCUCCAGGGAAUGCAGGAAGUCGAGGUGCACAAGGUCCAUUAGGGCCACCAGGGGAUGCUGGACAACCAGGUCAACGUGGAUAUAUUGGAAGUAUCGGUAGUCCUGGUCUCGCAGGUUCACCUGGUGAAGACGCCGGAUACUGUCCAUGUCCACAUCGGCGUACAAAAAAAGUUGUCAAGGUGGCAGCUAGCACAUCUAAAAAAGUGUGA